AUGAGGCUUCCUUGGGUGAUUUUCUGUACAGUUCUGCUUUUAAUUUUUACGAACAACUCAAAUGCAGAUAUUCCCGGGUGCAACUACUACGACACGGUUGAUAUCUCAUACAUUGAAAGGCAAAACGAUUCGUAUUUAUAUGAUGACAUCGAAAUUCCUGCUAGCUUAACUGGAUACUACGAGUUCAGGCAGUUUGGGGACGGUUCGAUUACGCCGAUUGAAAAGCAUUUAAGGGCCUGUGUUUGCAGCGUGCGGCCCUGUAUUCGAAUCUGCUGCCCAGCCAAGAACUUUUUGGCCAACGGAAAAUGCGAUGAUGGUCUCAAAGAGGAGCUCGCCCGGUUCAAACCCUAUAUAUACUUCACAUACAUGGACCUACAGGCACGAGUACCACUCACCGAUAUGGCUAUUAUCAGAGAUGAGUUCUUUGAUUGUGAUGAAAUGAUUUACAUCAGCGACUUUAACUAUUUCUUAGAAGAGGUUAGCAUUCAAAUCUUCAAUAAAUGUGGACUUAUAGUUUGGUUCCAGGAUGGAAAAUUUUGGGUUACCGUUGACCUCUUCAUGGAAAAACAGGACUACUGCUUGUACCGGCACAACUUUGAUUCGGAUUUUCCAAAGUCCAUGUGGAUAAUACGACACCGCUGCACAAGCCACAUAUCUCCUGGAUCCUUAGAGAUUCUAAUUAUAACAAUGAUAUGCUUUGUCCUAACAAUCGCAGUAUAUCUAUACAUUAAGAAGCUGCGAAAUGUUACUGGCAAGUGCAUUGUAUGCUGUAUAGUUUCGAGGUUUAUCCAGUGCUUGAUCAUGAUACUAGAUCAUUUAAAUCUAUUGAAUGGCAUUUGCUCUCCAGCUGGUUACAGCUCGCACUUUUUCCGGAUGGCUUCCAACCUCUGGCUCUCCGUCAUCAGCUACCAUACGUGGAAAGUCUUGACGUCGCUCAAUCGAGUCGACCCUAACUAUCGGUUCCUGCGGUACAACGCCUUCGUCUGGAGCACAGCCGCAAUCAUGACGGGAAGUAUUUAUAUAGUUAAUCAGAUUUGGGAAAACGAUCCCAGUAAAUGGAACUGGUUGCCUCUGGUCGGUUUUAUUCGGUGCUCGGUCAAAGAUUGGCACCCAUCCGUCUGGAUCUAUAUAAGUGGACCGUCGCUGGCCCUGAGCACUUUCAAUGUCGCCAUGUUCGCCCUGACAGCCAUUUACAUUAGGAAAGUGAAGGGGGGUAUAAAUAAGUUCACAAAUGAGGAGGAGGGAAGGAUUAACUGCAUAAACUUUGACAGCCAGACUUACCUACAGUUCCUGCGGCUCUCCAUCGUGAUGGGCCUUACUUGGAUAUUCAAUGUCAUUCCGUAUUCUGCACGGCUCCACAUUUUCUGGGAAUGGGUCGGGAUAAUAUCCGAGUAUUUUCACAGCGCGUUUGGAAUUGUUUUGUUCGUUCUGCUCGUCCUGAAGCGCAGCACAUGGACUCUAAUGAUGGAUUCUUAAG